AUGGCGCCAAUCCCAGUCACAAUCAUAACCGGCUUUCUCGGCAGUGGCAAGACAACACUCAUCCUGAACCUUAUACCACAGCUUCCUAAAUCAUACAAGCUUGCAUUGUUGAAGAAUGAAUAUGGCGACGUGGCAAUUGAUUCUCAGCUCGCAUCCGAGGCCAGCAUAUCUGGGGUCAGAGAACUGCUCAAUGGUUGUAUCUGCUGCAACCUGGUAGGUCAGCUGGGAGAUGCCCUCUUCGAACUCCGAAAUGAGGUCGCGCCUGACCGUAUCAUCAUCGAGACGUCGGGCUCUGCAUUCCCGGCAACACUGGCGAUGGAGAUCAAUCGAGUCGCUCGGGAGAACCCUGGCACUUUUGUGCUAGAUGGUGUGGUUAGUGUGAUCGAUGUGGAAAACUGGAAGGGUUAUGAAGACACGAGUGUGACGGCGAAGAUGCAGGCCAAGUUUACUGACCUGAUUGUAUUCAAUAAAUGGGAAUUGGUUGAUGAAAUGUCGUUUGAGAGAUGUCUUGAUCGUGUGGGAGAUAUCGAUGUGCAGACUGCGUGGGUCAAGUCCAGGAAAGGCGUGGUUGAUCUUGGGGUCAUUAUCGGCAUUGACGGUGCUUUGAUCAGUCAGAAACAAGAUGCAUUGAACGAGGACCCUGAUGGAGAAAACAGCAAGACUGGGCACGAGCAUGAUCACAAUGGUCAUGGUCAUGCACAUUAUGAGAAUCAUCAGGAUGAAGUUGAGGUACUAAGUGUGAUUCUGAAGGGUAGCGAGGGCGCCGGUAUACACCUUGACGACUUCGAAGACCUUCUACUGAGUGCGCCUAAGGACGAAAUCUACAGGAUAAAAGGCAUCAUCGCUUCCACAACCCCACCUCCAGACUCUACUGGCGAGCGCAAGUCGAAUGCAACAACUGGUAUUGGGAUAUAUAUACUCAAUUGGGCCUUUAGCAGGUGGACAUAUACAGCCAUGCCAAGUUCCACGCUAUCCGCUCUUGACGGUUCGAGCGCGAAGUUGACCUUCAUACUAGCAAGAGGCGAGUCCAAUAAAUGGAAAAAGAAGCUCGAAAAGGGUGAUUUGUUGCAUAUGGAGGAUCGAAGACAAGGAGAGCUGAGUGUACAAAAGAUCGGAUGA